GAUGCUCGUCUGCCGCCUGCCCCUCCUCGGGCCCUGGCUGCUGCUGCUGCAGACGCUGUGUGCUGGGGGCCACAUCACCAAGACCCUGGGGUACCUGCAGCUGGGCACCUCCGGUCUCCUCAAGGAUGUCCCCUACGGCACGCUGAAGCCCCCAAUGUUUGACCUCGGGCGGCUGAUUCCAGCUGAGCCCCCCCGGGGUGUCGGGACACCCUCAGGUGCCGCGCAGCACCCCUGGGACUGGCAGAAGAACCAGACAGCUGGGGAGCUGCUGAACCCCCGUGCCAGGCGCAAGCCCUCGCUCAAGUCUGCCCGCACCAAGAAGAUUUUUGGUUGGGGUGACUUCUACUUCAACAUCAAGACACUCAAGUUCAGCCUGCUGGUGACAGGGAAGAUAGUCGACCACAUCAACGGGACCUUCAGCGUUUACUUUCGUCACAAUUCCUCCAGCCUGGGCAACGUCUCGGUCAGCAUCGUGCCCCCCUCCAAGGCAGUGGGUUUUGAGAUGGUGGUGCCAGCCCCCCCGCCGCUCCCUUACCCACCCCCCCAGCAGAGCACCCUGCCCGAGGGGCGCCCAGCCAAGGCACUCAAUUGCCACGUGGAGUAUGAGAAGACCAACCGGGCACGGAAGAACAAACCGUGCCUCUACGACCCCUCCAAGGUGUGCUUCACCGAGCACACGCAGAGCCACGCCGCCUGGCUCUGUGCCAAGCCCUUCAAGGUCAUCUGCAUCUUCAUCUCCUUCCUCAGCAUCGACUACAAGCUGGUCCAGAAGGUCUGCCCUGACUACAACUUCCAGCACGACAACCCCUACUUCGGCUGAUGGCUGCGGGAAGGGGCGGUGAACGCCGGAGCUGGAGGCAGAUGGUGGACAGGGGCUCCUGCACCCCGUGCCAGCUGCACGGUGCCCCCCACAUCACCCCCACAUCACCCCCACGCCAGCCCCCU